AGGGCCCAAUUAAAUUUCAAUGAGGGUGCGCGCCCAUGGCCAUCGCCGGUGGACUCAACGACGAAAGCAGCGGCAGCCUCUCCUAGUUUGUAUUUGUAUUCAUUAGCAUUAUAACCAGAAUGGGGUCAUCUUGUACAACCAGAGCUUUAGGUUCAAUCCUUCAUAGAUUCACCACCGGUGUCUCUUCCAAAUGCCCCAACGGCUCAGCCACGGGAGCUUACCUCUGUGAUUCAGGGACUGGUUUGCUGAGUAGAAACUUAUCAUCUUCAUCUUCCAUUUCACCAUUGCCUUUUUCAUGGAUUUCGACGCCUAUAGGAAGCAGUCCCGGAGCGAGGAGAACCAUACGUACCGUCUCUCCUCUCUGCAUGGGUAGACGUUCCAGCAAGAUCGCUGGUCGAAAGGGGGCGAAGGAUGCGAAGAAGGCAAAGCUGUAUUCGAAGAUUGGGAAGGAACUUGUGUCUGCUUUGAAGAAGGGUGGUCCAAAUCCUGUUUCGAAUACAGCCCUGGCUACAAUAUUGGAGAAAGCCAAGGAGCUUGAUGUACCCAAGGAGAUCUUGGAUCGCAACAUUAAGAAAGCUUCUGAGAAGGGACAAGAAGCUUACAUUGAGAAAGUAUAUGAGGUAUAUGGUUAUGGUGGAGCUAGCAUGGUAGUCGAGGUAUUGACAGAUAAAAUAACCCGAUCUGUGGCAACUGUUAGAGAGGUUGUGAAGAACUGUGGCGGGAAGAUGGCAGAUCCAGGAUCUGUUCUGUUCAAAUUCAGGCGUGCUCGGGUUGUAAACAUAAAAGUCUCAGAUGCUGACAAAGAUCAGCUCAUCUCCAUUGCUUUAGAUGCCGGUGCUGAGGAUGUUAUUGAACCGCCAGUAUAUGAAGAUGAUACCGAAGAAGAUCAAUCAGAAAGCUAUUAUAAGAUAGUGAGUGACUCAGAUAACUACUCAGCAAUACUUUCAAAGUUACGUGACGAAGGAAUCAAUUUUGAGACAGAUAAUGGUUCUGAGCUACUUCCAAUAAGCCCUAUUGAGGUAGAUGACGAGGCUAUGGAUUUGAACAAGGAACUUAUGACCAAUUUACUUGAACUUGAUGAUGUUGAUGCCGUUUACACAGACCAGAAAUGAUCGAAACCUGUAUCUUCACUCAUCUCAGAAGUCCAAAUGAAGCUCUUGGUGUUAGUGUGUUACAGUAGACGUGUGUCUGGCUCUUCUUCAAUUUGACCUUGUAACCUGGAAGUAUAUGUCCUAUUUUGAAAUAGGAGAGCAGAUGGGCAAGUAUUGUCACCUCAAGGAAAGAUUUUUCUAAAAACUUUUCUUAUUUAUUGUGAAGAACAGUAACAAUGAAAUAUGAUUGUCUUUUGAGAAUUGAGAACAAACAAUAAAGAAAAAAAACUCUUCAAUAGCAA